AUGGAGAAACGAGCGAAACGGAAGUAUCGAUGCCGAGUGCGGAGUCCCGAGACAGUUCAUCGCUCUAAACGUGUGCGACGAUCUAAAGCCAAUGAUCGGGAGCGCAGACGGAUGCAUAGUCUCAACGACGCGCUCGAGGAACUGCGAAAAGCAUUACCUCAAUUACCUCAGGAGCCGAAACUCACCAAAAUCGGAUUUUCGCAUGUGAUCAAAAUCCUCCGAUAG